AAAUGGCUCUGAGGAAGGAAUGGCGGCCGCACCUGGCUCAGGAAAAGGACUACGAACCAUUGCGCGAGAUUUUCAAGCACCACAUUGAUUCGUUUGACCACAUGGUGGAGCAUGGAAUCGAGAAUAUUUUGCUCAACAUAAAUCCCGUUGAAGUUGUGGAUUCUAUCUCCAAGACGAAGCUUAAAAAUAUCCUCUUUCUUUUAUAUAACAUACUUUGGUUUGAAAAUGGUGAAAUAUUCCCUCCACAGAAGGAGCGGUCUUCAGGAACCUUGGCUGAUGCUCUGUAUCCCUUUGAGUGUAGACAAGCAAAACUCUCAUAUGCUGGGAGGUUCAUGGUGGAUAUUAAGUUCCAGUAUGAUGAUGGGGUCAUUAUAAGAGAAAAAUUUAAUCUGGGUCAGUUUCCUAUCAUGUUGAAGUCCAAAGUGUGUCAUCUUAAAGGCGCAAAUGAUCCCAAAACAUUAGCUUUACACAAAGAAGAGCCUACUGAAAUGGGAGGAUACUUCAUCUUAAAUGGGCUUGAGAGAGUUAUUCGUCUUCAUAUAUUGCCAAAGAGAAAUUAUCCAAUGAGCACAGUGCGAAGUUCAUUCCGUGAGCGGCGUGAAGGUUAUACUGAUAAAGCUGUGAUCAUAAGGUGUGUUAGGGAAGAUCAAUCUGCCCUGACCGUAAAACUAUACUAUCUUAACAAUGGGAGUGCAAGGCUUGGGUUUUGGAUACGAGGGAGAGAAUUUCUAGUUCCUGUUGGAAUCAUAUUAAAGGCUUUGACUGAAACAACUGAUCAUGAAAUCUAUUUGAGUUUGACAUGCUGUUACGAUGAGAAGUAUGAUCGGGUUAAAGGUGCUGUUGGCACUCAACUUGUUGGUGAAAGGGCUAAAAUUAUUUUGGAUGAGCUUCAUAACUUGUCUCUUUAUACCCGGACUCAGUGUCUGCAACAUAUUGGGGAGAAUUUCCGACCUCUUAUGUUGGGACUGGAGAAAGAAAGCUCUUCAGUCGUCGCUGAUGCUGUGUUAAGAGAUUACAUACUUGUCCAUCUGGAGGACAAUAUUGACAAGUUCAAUCUACUCAUCUUCAUGUUGCAGAAGCUGUUUUCUCUAGUAGACCAGACUUCGGUACCAGACAACCCAGAUUCGUUACAAAACCAAGAAGUUUUAUUGCCUGGACACUUGAUAACUAUUUAUCUCAAGGAAAAAUUACAAGAGUGGUUGUACAAGAUGAAAAAGUCUCUUCAAGAAGAAGUUGACAAAAGGGCAAAGUUUGAGUUGAGCAAUUUGCCAGAUGUCAAGAAAAUCAUCGAGAAAACUGGUCCACGCCAAAUUAGUCUUGCUAUUGAGAAUAUGUUGAAGACUGGAAGACUGGCUACGCAGUCAAGUUUGGAUUUGCAGCAGAAAGCUGGGAUGACAGUUGUGGCUGAGAGACUAAAUUAUUUGCGUUUUGUAUCACACUUCCGAGCUGUGCAUCGAGGUUCUUCGUUUGCAGGCCUGCGCACUACAAGCGUACGGAAAUUGUUACCCGAGUCUUGGGGAUUUCUAUGUCCUGUUCACACACCUGAUGGGGAGCCAUGUGGGCUGCUGAAUCAUAUGACUGCUUCUUGCCGCAUAACUUCGUAUUAUGAUUCUGAAGGGAAAGUAAAGGAUUUUCUUGAAGUCCGAAAGUCAAUUUUAAGAGUUUUGGUUGGCAUUGGCAUGACUCCAUCGUUACCUAGGCUCGAACAAGCGGGCCCUCCUGAAGUUCUUCCUGUUCUUCUUGAUGGUCGUGUUGUAGGUUCUUUUGCAUCUGAUUUGAUACAAAAAGCUGUUUCUCACUUGCGGAGGUUAAAGGUUUCAGCAGCUUCUACGAUACCUGAAGAUCUUGAGGUUGGUUAUAUUCCUCUGAGCUUGGGUGGGGCAUACCCUGGGCUGUACCUGUUUACAUCUGCAUCCAGAUUUGUCCGACCUGUCCGGAAUCUUCUGAUAUCUUCUGAAGAGAAGAAUGAUAUUGAACACAUUGGGCCCUUGGAACAGGUCUACAUGGAAAUACGCUGUCCAGAUGGUGGAAAUGGAGGAAGGAAGGAUGUGUUUCCUGCAACUCAUGAGGAAAUUCAUCCAACUGGCAUAUUGAGCGUUGUUGCUAACCUUACACCUUGGUCUGACCAUAAUCAGAGUCCUCGCAAUAUGUACCAGUGUCAGAUGGCAAAACAAACAAUGGGUUUCUCUUGUCAAGCGAUCAGUGCUCGAGCUGAUCAAAAGAUCUAUCAUCUUCAGACACCCCAAACCCCAAUUGUGCGCACAAAGACAUACGAAAAGUACAACAUUGAUGACUAUCCUUUGGGAACUAAUGCUAUUGUGGCUGUUUUAGCAUAUUCAGGCUAUGAUAUGGAGGAUGCCAUGGUACUAAACAAAUCUUCUGUGGAUCGUGGUAUGUGCCGUGGAUACAUUUAUCAGACAGAAACUAUAGAUUUGACUGAGCAAAGAAACAAUACCCAAAGAUCAUUUGGGAGAAGCAAUCUGGAUAAGGCGAGUCAUGGUUUCAUUGAUUCUGAUGGGCUUCCCUAUGUUGGCCAGAGGAUCGGCCCCGGUGAUCCUUAUUAUAGUAUCUACAAUGAGAUCACAAGUAAAGUUACUACAAACAAGUUAAAAAGUUCAGAACCUGCCUAUGUCGAUUAUUCUGCUGUCGAUGUUAAAGGCAAAACUCGUAUACAGAAGGCGAAUAUCCGCUUACGGUAUCCUAGGAAUCCUAUAGUCGGUGAUAAAUUCAGCAGUAGGCACGGACAAAAGGGAGUUUGCUCUCAGCUAUGGCCAGAUAUUGAUAUGCCCUUUUCAGGAACUACUGGAAUGCGGCCAGAUCUUAUUAUCAACCCUCAUGCAUUUCCUUCUAGGAUGACAAUUGCUAUGCUUUUAGAGUCGAUAGCUUCCAAGGGAGGUGCCUUGCAUGGAAAUUUUGUUGAUUCAACACCUUUUUCGAGCUCCAUGAAAACAAAUUCGGAAUCUGACAAGAGUUCACUUGUAGAUGAACUCGGUUCAAUGCUGGUUGCACGUGGGUUCAACCACCAUGGUGUGGAGGUAUUGUACAGUGGGGUCUAUGGUACAGAGCUGACAUGUGAAAUAUUUAUCGGGCCAGUGUACUAUCAGCGUCUUCGCCAUAUGGUCUCGGAUAAAUUUCAGGUCCGUUCCACAGGAAGAGUCGAUCAGGUGACAAGGCAACCCAUCAAGGGCAGAAAACGCGGUGGUGGGGUCCGCUUUGGAGAGAUGGAGAGGGACUCUCUUCUAGCCCAUGGGGCUGCUUACCUGUUGCACGACAGGCUCCACACAAGCUCUGAUUACCACAUUGCCGAUGUGUGCUCACUCUGUGGUAGCAUUUUGAGCACGUCAAUUGUCCAAUCGCAGAAAAAGGUGGUGCAUGAUAUGAUUGGUCGAGGCCUGCCACCAAUCAGAAACCCCAAGAAGGUGACUUGCGUGGCCUGCAAGACGAGCAAAGGGAUGGAGACAGUUGCCAUGCCCUACGUGUUCAGAUAUUUAGCUGCUGAGUUGGCUGCCAUGAACAUUAAGAUGACUCUGCAGUUGAGUAAUGGGUCGGGAGCUUGA